UCGUUGACGACGGUCGCGCGCGUGUAACGUGCUUAUAUUUCUAUCAAACUUACGCGGUAACUUCUUCCGAAUUUGUACAUUCGGGAGCACUUGUGAACUUUUUGGUUAAGCUAAAUAGUGUUGUGUGUAUUAAGAGUUUUUUAACGGAAUAACAAGUCUUAUUGGAGUGAACUCGAAGCCGGUCGACUGUGAGAAGCGAUUCGUUUCGGUUUCGACGCCGCCGAGACUAGUGGAUGUUGAUAAUAUUAUAGCGUUAGAUAGUUAAAGUGCGAAGCAAAAGUGAAGUGUUGGAGGAGCGGAGGAUGUCCGUCGGCAGUCGAGGAUACAGGGCGUAUGACACGCUCUUCGACAUGAGACGCCGCUGGUCUAACAACGGAGGCUUUCCGCUGCGAAUGCUCGAAGAGAGCUCGUCAGAAGUCACUUCUUCGUCGGCUUUAGGUUUACCCCCGGCAAUGGUUAUGUCACCGGAGUCGCUCGCCUCGCCUGAAUACGGCGGGCUCGAGCUAUGGGGAUACGAUGAUGGCAUCACCUAUAACACCGCGCAAUCACUGCUCGGCAACACAUGUACAAUGCAACAGCAACAGCAAGCACCCACUCAACCUUUGCCAUCCAUGCCGUUGCCGAUGCCACCCACGACGCCCAAAUCGGAAAACGAAUCUAUAUCAUCAGGUCGCGAGGAAUUGUCACCGGCAUCAAGUGUAAACGGCUGCAGCACAGAUGGAGAAGCGAGACGGCAAAAGAAAGGUCCAGCUCCUCGCCAACAAGAAGAACUUUGUCUCGUAUGUGGCGACAGAGCCUCCGGAUACCAUUAUAAUGCUCUCACAUGUGAAGGCUGUAAAGGUUUCUUUAGGCGGAGUGUUACUAAAAAUGCUGUAUACAUUUGCAAAUUUGGUCAUGCGUGUGAAAUGGAUAUGUAUAUGCGAAGAAAAUGUCAAGAAUGUAGAUUAAAGAAAUGUCUAGCGGUGGGUAUGAGGCCAGAAUGUGUAGUCCCGGAGACAACGUGUGCGAUCAAAAGAAAAGAAAAGAAGGCACAAAGAGAAAAAGACAAACUGCCAGUCAGCACAACGACAGUUGACGAUCACAUGCCGCCCAUUAUGCAAUGCGAUCCACCGCCACCAGAAGCUGCCAGGAUUCUGGAAUGUUUGCAGCAUGAAGUGGUCCCGCGGUUUCUCUCGGAAAAGCUCCUGGAACAGAACAGGCUGAAGAAUAUCCCUCCACUCACGGCGAAUCAGCAGUUCUUGAUCGCGAGGCUCGUCUGGUAUCAAGACGGCUACGAGCAACCUUCCGAUGAAGACUUAAAAAGGGUGACACAGGAAGCGGACGAAGACGACGAGGAAUCCGACUUGCCGUUCCGUCAGAUCACAGAGAUGACCAUCCUUACGGUGCAGCUGAUCGUCGAGUUUGCAAAAGGCCUGCCAGGAUUUGCCAAGAUUUCCCAACCUGAUCAGAUCACCCUUCUCAAGGCUUGCUCCAGUGAAGUAAUGAUGUUGCGAGUAGCGCGACGGUACGACGCAACGACAGACAGCGUGCUGUUCGCCAACAACAGGGCGUACACUCGCGAGAACUAUCGCAAAGCCGGCAUGUCCUACGUCAUAGAGAACCUGCUGCACUUCUGCCGCUGCAUGUACACCAUGUCAAUGGACAACGUGCACUAUGCUCUUCUCACUGCCAUCGUCAUCUUCUCAGAUCGGCCCGGGCUCGAGCAGCCGCACCUGGUGGAGGAGAUCCAGCGGUACUACCUGAACACGCUGCGCGUGUACAUCAUGAACCAGCAGAGCGCCUCGACGCGCUGCCCCGUGGUCUUCGGCAAGAUCCUCUCCAUCCUGUCGGAGCUGCGCACGCUGGGCAUGCAGAACUCCAACAUGUGCAUCUCGCUCAAACUGAAGAACAGGAAGCUGCCGCCGUUCCUGGAGGAGAUCUGGGACGUGGCGGAGGUGUCGACGAGCCACCCGCCGCCCAUCGUGGAGCACCCCGCCGAGCUCUAGCCCCCGCGCCCCGCCCCGCGCUCCCCCCCGCGCCUGCGCUCGCGCGGCCGCUAGGCGCCGCGACCGCCGCCCUCCGGAGAGAAACGCUCAUAGACUGGCUAGUUUAAGUGAAGUGCACGGACACUCGUGACGGACGUGAUCGAACUAUUUAUAAGGACAGUGAGGGAGCCGCUACCGCGGAGCCCGUCUCGUGCGUAUUCGGUGACCGACCGCGAUAUGCGAGUAUAGUGAAUAUAUGUGCUGUUGAACGUUGGAGAAUAUAUUUAGUGUUGAUAGUUAAGAUAUGACUGGAUACUGAGUUGGUCACUCGGAUACGACUGAUAAGACUUGGAUAAGUACACCCUCCUAAAUUAUGUAAAGCGUACGCCGUACAUACACUAUGAGAGUUAUAAGAGAAAAAGUAAUAUAUGAGAGAUGUUUCUAUUGGGUGAAAAGUUGAUAGUUAUGUUUAUUUACCAAAAUUAACGGUUCGUUGAUUAACCUUUUCGAUUAAUAUAUAUGUAUAUUGUAAAGUUCGCUGCGAACGUCCCGCGGAGCCGGAGAUAUCUGUCGGCGGACGUUGUUGAUGAUUUACGACUGUGUUUGUUUAUAUAUAGUUUAUGUCAGACGUGUUAUCGUGCCCUGUCGAUUUUAGUUCCGAUUGAUGUUCCAUUGUCCUGUGCCCGCGUCCCUCGAUUUAACGAAUAAUUAUAAUUUAUUAUUGCUGUGAUUACAUUUAUAAAUGUUGAAGUAUCUUAGGUAGGCUGAGAUAAGUGUGUCUUAUUACAUUUAGAAGUUCUACUGUCGCAGUAGCUUUCAUAAACGCAUCACCGGUUUCUUGUCUACCUGUUUGAGUAUUUUGAUAGUUAACGACAUAAUUAUAUAUAUGGGUGAUUCAUUUUCUACAGUGAUCACACUGCACUGAGUCGAUUUUACUUUAGGCUACUGACUUUCGCUGACACUGGUACGACGUAAGGCCCUCUCGUGUUGAAUUCCUUAACAGUUUCAGUUACUGAAGGCCAUAGAGCGUAUCACGUGCAAUUUACCAUAGGUCGUCGUAGAUUAAUUUAUAGGUUUAUUAAAUAGACUAUUUGUGUCACACGUUGAUCUAAAUUAGGAGGUAACGGAGGCAGAUAUGGCCAUCAAUCCCAGACGCUAUGCCCUUAAUGAAUGUGUACAAAAUUCAAAUAUUAUAUAACGUUGAGUAAUUCUACUUAUAAAGGCGACACAUUGCGUGCGAAUCAGGCAGCUAUUAUUAGGUGCGUAUGGUUAGACGUAUAGUGCCCAUAAAUCCUUUUUAAACAUUAUGUAUGACAAUAUAUUUAUUCUGUUCUAUUUUUAAAUAAUCUCGUUAAUUUAUUAUAUCCUUCGUUCUCUUCUAGUAUAGCGAUCAAAAUUGAAAUGGCAGCUGGUUUGAGUAAUUAGUUUUCUUCUAAUUAUACUAUUUGGCCGAGCUUACUAUAUGGGAACAAUAUUGGUAUAGAGUAUGUAUAUGUAAAUGUUGAUAGUGAACGCGCACGCAAUGCGACGUCUACGAUAUACGACCAAAUCUGUCUCCGCUUUAAAUAUUCUAAGGGAGAAGUCAUUUUAAAGAAAACAAUAUUUAAAAUAACUAACGAAUACUUCACAUUAAGGUAAAUAAACUGCCCAUUAUAUACAAUAUAUUACACAUACGAAAUGCCUUAUUUCGCGUUACCUGUACUGUGUACCUACAUUGUUGAAUGGAAUAUCAUAGUUAUAUAGAAACUAAAAUAAUCGAUCUCAAUUACCCGUAAGCGUUGUUAAAGCAUAAAUUAAGCGUGUUUUCCGUUUAUCGCUGGGCAUUUUAUCUGAUAUAUUCCGAUGACUUCCCGCUUGCAGCGCCCGACCGGGUUCGAUUCCCGCGCAGACACCGCACUCACGAGCCGACACUUCACCAUCCAUAACAUUUAACGCUAUUAAGAUGUAAAUUUAAGUCUGUCUGAUGCGUGUUGAAUGUGUCUUCUUUACAUGCCACUGUGUUGUACAUUUACAUAUUACGUAUGCCUGAGGUUUUUGGAAGUAUUUCUAACUAUACGUAUAAAUUUCAGCGUGAGACGAUCGAGCUUGCACCGCGGACCGCGCGCUAGUCCGCUUUUAAUACAUCUUUUCGAAUUAUAUAUAAUUUUAUUGUAGCGGUAGGCGAUUACUAAAAUAGUUAACGAAGCACAAACGUCAUUAGAGUGUCUUGCGCCACUCCGGCGAGGGCGCACUGACAACACACACUGCCAUUAAAACGUACGUUCACGGUGCGGUCGUAUGAUUGUGUAUCCGUUGCAAGGAUUUUAUACGACACCUUUAAGGACUUAGGGUUAAAAACUACAAGUGUUAGGAUAAUAACCGUCACGAUUAACUUUACGCUACGAUGCCUUAUAACUGAGAUGCGACGGUAAGCGCUCGAAGCCCUACAGUACAGCCGCAUACUUUGCAUCUCGAGUUUGUGACAAAUAUAACUGCCAUUCGAUAAGUAAAUUGUUAUACAUCAUUUGUCGCGUAGAAGUUCAUACGGAUAGCUUCAUAGUUAACGGACUCCGUCGGUGCACAGCCGGUCGUAUUUGAUACAUAUUAUUCAAUUUCGAAAUUGUAAUAGAUUUAUUAAGUACGUAAUAAUCUCAGACGAGAAUGUAAUAAGUAAUGAUUACCCCUAAUAUAAUUUGUGUCUUUAGCUGAUAAUGGAAUAUAAGUACGAUAAUAAGUUUAUAUCGCUCGGGAUGACGCUGUGUGAGCAUCGCUGAGUGGGACGGGACGAGAACGAACACGAGAACGACGGACGGCUCGACUGUUAUAGGCAUACAUACAAGGGCCGGCCACACGCUCGGCAGCACUUCGCGCUCACUCGUGCAAACCGGUUUGCGCAAGCGUGCGCGUGCAAACAACGACGUGCGAAUCAAAAUCGCGGCUAGAGUAAUCAUUACAAUGCUAAAAUUUGAAUUUUGCAUAGUGUUUAACAGUAUGUCAGUGAGGGAAAAAAUGAAACUUGUAUUGCGGACAGACAGCGCAAGUGAGUCUGCGUGUGGCUGGACCUUCUCACCCUGCCCUUAGCCUUAACUCUGUUUCAUUUGUGUCGGAUGCGAGAACGGUGACCGACCGUGGCAGGUCCAGUCUCCUGUACGAAGCAGUACAUAGGUACCUUUAGAUUCUAUUGUCAUAUGUUUGACAUAUGUUUAAUUUUAUUCAUCUAAGAAAGUACAGAUGGCUGUUGUUAUUUUUAUAUUAUUUGGGUAGAAUUAUAUUUUUUUGUAAAUGACUUCUGUAUUUAUCAUUUGUAAGCUUUGUAAGCCAUAGGGACUUAGAUUAAUAUACGAGCUACGAACAUUGUGAUCGAACUUGAUUACUAUGAAUUUGUAUUUACUGAGAUAUUCUUUUUCGUUCUGCGUAUAUAUAAUAUAAUAUUUCUUCGUUUCGACAGAUUUUUCUAAAUAAUUUUUUUGUUACUUCAGAGUGCAAUAUGUACAAAUAUUUACAUAUAAAAUAUUAAAUGUACAGUCAUUUUUUAGUUUUAAUGUGUCAACGCAAUAUCUUUCGCUAUUCAUUCGUUGAAUGUACAGCCGGGAAGCAUAAUAAACUAUCACAAGUGGGCCCCGAGCCCACUCCCACUAUUGUGUUUUUCUAAUACUUAAGCGAUUAAUUUUACAUAGACGGACUAGGUGAUCUUUGUAUUUAAAUUUGCUAAUUUUUAUGUAGCAGAUUAGAUUUGUUUACUCGGAUAAGAUGAAUAAUGUACAUUUUGAAUUGAUUUUAAAGUGAUUUAGUUGUUAUUUAGUGACGAAUUUUCUUAGGUGUAACUGGCAGCCUCGUGGCCAGUCCACUGAUACCAGUGUGAUUUGUGCAAUGUCCAUUAGAAAAAUUGUUUUAUUACGGGUGCCUUGUUACUGUGCCCGUAUGUAUCAUCCUAGUUCACGGAGCGAACGAAACCAAGCAAACGAAAUCAUUCCUCAUUAAAUACGCUUUUCAGCUGUGCGAUUGAAAUUUAUUUUAAAAUAUGUAAAACAUAACAUAAAAUAAAAUUCAUCGAUCAGAACACUCUGUAUAAUGAAAGGGAUUUGUAAAAUUCCACAGUCGAAAAGUGACCUCGGCUUCAGGCCUCAUUCAGUAAAUUUCGUUAAAACGAUUUGGACUUUUUGACGUUUGAUUUUGUUUGCUCUCACUUGCUUUCGUUCGACGUGUAACUGGUUUUAUAUCUGCGGCAGGGACUUCCCCGCCGCUUUCUGCUCCCAUUGCUCUGUGCCACGGCGAAUGAUACAGGAAGGCUGAUUUUAAAAUUUAAGAGCCCAUUCCGACUUUAUGGAAAACAUAUUUGUAUCGUUUCUUUUUUUUUCUAUUUGUCCGAUGUAACUAUAAUUUUCCUCCUCCUGAUUUGCCUUAGUGAAUCCUUUAUGUAUGAUUUAACAGUGGUCAAGCGAAUUAGAUAUAGGGAACAGACGAUAUGUUAAAAAUUUUAGAGUCAACUUUUAUAAAAGAUACAACAAAAACAAACGUGAAAAGGUGUGUACAAAACGAGGAAAUUUGUAUGAAACAUUGUUAUGCGAAUAAACUUACACCUCAAUAUAAAAAAAUA